AUGUAAUUAGACAUAAGUUAUUUGAGACCUAAAAGUUAGUCAUUUCCAAAUAAGCACUCAAAAUUCUAUAUUAAAUCUGGAACGGAAGGCAUGAUAGUUAGAAACAUUUACGAAAAAGUUGAUUAUGAAGAAUAUGAAAUCAAAUCGAUUGAUGAUUUCAAAACAAAAAUAUAAGUACAGUUACCCGAUUCAUGGAAGACAAGUGAUUAUUUAAAAAUGCUUAUAAUAGCAGAUUUUUCCAUCCAGGGUGCAUUAUAAGUAAUUCAAAAUAUGUAAUUAGAGAAUUUAUAAAUUCAUCUAAGUUGGCUUAAUUUAUAUUAAAACAUGGAACCAAAUAUGGACUAAUUGAAAUGCGGAGAAUUUUAUAUUUUCGGAAUAGAUAAGUAAUCAAGGCCGGUCAUAAUAAUAAAGCGCCUUGAGAAUGAAAACUUUUAAACCUUUCAAUAUUUACUGGAAAUAGUAAAGCGACAAGUGUUGAUACCUUACUUCAUUGAAAAUUGGACAAUCAUUUAUGAUUGCUAAAAUUAAGAGUACAAUUUUUAUGAAAUUGACUUCGACUUUGAUCACAUAAAGGAGUUAAUGAUUAAUUUUUGUGGAAAUUUAAAUAACCUUCUCAUUGUGAAUUCUAAAUUAAAUUUUUCAUAAAUUCUUAAUUACUUACCAAACAGAAAUCAAAUUCAUUCAAAGAUUAAACUAAUAAACAAUCUCGAUAAUUUACAAUAAUAUAUUUCGAAAGAAUAUUUAGAAGAAAAAUAUAAUGGAGAAUGCUCAAAUGUUACAACCUUCUGGUAAGGCAUUUUAAAUGAUUUUAGGCCUCCUUAAAUACCAUAAGUUUCUGAAUUGUUAAAAUAAUUCACAUAUGAUUGUUACGAAGAUUACUAAUAUGGAUUAAGGAAACUUUAGGAUUUUAAAUGUAGAAAUUUAAGAAAGUUUUCAUCCUUGGGGAGGCUAUCACAUUAGCACUCAAAGUCAACAAGUAUGAAAAAAUCAAUAGAAUCUGCUACAUCUGCUAGCCACAUAAAAAUAUUUGUUCAUGAGGAAAAUGGAAAUGAACUUAUACAGGAGGAGAUUGAGGUUCUUAAUAAUAAAGGAGAUUCUGAGGUUGAUAAUUUAGGAAAAGUUGGUAUAGAUUUAUAUAAAACUGAAUCAGUUGGUUUAUAAUUAUUAGAAGAGAACAAUAAAGGUUAAAUAUAAGUAAUCCUUGAGAAUGAAAAUGAAAUUGAACACAAAUGCUGCUCAGAGAAAUUUAAUUGUAUGAUAUUCUGA